AUGGAGCCCGCCGACGAGGAGCUCCAGCAGCUGACGGCCCCGCCGGCGCGCGCGCCCACCCACAAGGCGCGCGCGCUCAUCGGCUGCGUCGCCCUCGCCUCGACGGCCCUGCUCGUCGCAGUGACCCAACCACAAACGAAACGCGUUUCACCGGCCGUCCUCGCGGCCCGAGAGAUCGUAAGGAAACAGAUCAACAGCCCGGGCGCCGGCCCCCACGGCCCCGGCGACGCGGACGUUACUCACGACGUCGACAGCUGCAGCGACCCCUGCAUCCCGUGCACGAACGCCGGUUCGUAUUCGAGCUUCCCGACGAUCAUCCAGCACCUCAUGGUCUACAACCGGGAGGCCACGCCCUACGGCGGAGUUAUAUUUACGGAUAGAGGUCAAUAUGGGGAUGCGCACCAGGAGGACCCGUACAAUGUGAAGGAUAUGGUUUCCGCUGUUGUCGAGUCGUACGACGAGUUGCUCGAGACGUGUCUGAACUCGGAUCCUUCGGACGGGUCGGACACGUGCUCGCACUACUACGUCAAUAGCUGCGAGCUGGACCAAUCCUCCAGAAAUUCGCAGGUAAGUUGCGUGGAGGCCUGCGUGACGGAUCGCUUCGCGCAGACGAUGAAGGGUGUCAUAGAUGACGUCUCCGUCUGCGCGUACCCGGUCUCGUCGACGUUUCUCUUGGCCCCAAAUGUGGUCAAGAGCUGCCUGGACCCGACGUACGACGCCAGUGAAGGGGGUCUCUACGACACGGACUCGGACUGCUACGCGUGCAUUAGUGGAUGCAUGGAGGCGCAAGGCGGGGUGGACGCGUGGGUGCUCGACUGCGAGUAA